AUGCCGUCCACCUUGGAUGUGGCGCUGCCACACCCCUUCGAUCCUCUCGGCACAGUCGAGAUCGAGGAAGCUAUUUCCAUUGUCACCAAAGCCCAUGGCGAGCUUUUCUUCAACGUCGUUUCCCUCCUGGAGCCGCGCAAGGCCGAGAUGACCGCAUGGCUCGCCAACCCGGACACCGCGCCUCGACCCACCCGUGUGGCCGAAGUAGUGGCCAUUGCCAAGGGUGGAAAAGUAUACGAUGGUCUCGUAAACCUGGCCGAGGGCACGAUCACGAAGUGGGAGCUGCUCAACGGUCUUCAGCCUAUUAUCACCAUGGAAGAGCUCAUCGCCGUUGAACACAUCUGUCGCAAGGAUCCCAAAGUCAUUGAACAAUGCGAGCUCAGCGGUGUCCCCCGAGAAGAGAUGCACAAGGUCUACUGCGACCCCUGGACCAUCGGUUACGACGAGCGAUUCGGCUCCCAAGUCCGUCUUCAGCAGGCCCUCAUGUAUUACCGCCCCGACGUCGACACGUGCCAAUACCAAUACCCUCUCGAUUUCUGUCCCAUCUUCGACGUCGAAAAGCAGGCCGUCAUCCACAUAGACAUUCCGAAGGUCAGGCGACCCUUGAGCAAGACCAAGCCCAUCGACUACCACCCGACCGCCGUCGAGGCAACCGGGGGCUACCGCCAGGACAUCAAGCCCAUCCACAUCACACAGCCCGACGGCGUCUCUUUCCAAAUCACAGGCAGGGAAAUCGAGUGGCAGAGGUGGAAGUUCCACAUCGGCUUCAACUACAGGGAGGGCAUCGUGCUCAACAACAUCACCUUCAACGACAAGGGCACCGUCCGUCCCAUCUUCUACCGCCUGUCCCUCGCCGAGAUGGUCGUGCCCUACGGCAACCCGGAGCACCCCCACCAGAGGAAGCACGCCUUCGAUCUGGGCGAAUAUGGCGCUGGCUACAUGACCAACAGCCUGUCCCUGGGCUGCGAUUGCAAGGGUGCCAUUCACUACCUCGACGCCGAAUUUCCUACCAGGUCUGGCGGCACCAGGACCAUCAAGAAUGCCAUCUGUAUCCAUGAGGAAGAUGCCGGCAUUCUGUUCAAGCAUACCGACUUCAGGGACGAUUCGGUCAUCGUCACCCGUGCGAGGAAGCUCAUCAUUCAGCAAAUCUUCACCGCCGCCAACUAUGAGUACGCCAUUCAGUGGAUCUUUCACCAAGACGGCACCAUUCAACCCGAUAUCAAGCUCACUGGUAUUCUCAACACUUACGCCUUGAACCCCGACGAGGAUACCGACGGCUGGGGCACUCAAGUCUACCCCGGAGUCAAUGCCCAUAACCACCAGCACCUCUUCUGUCUCCGUAUCGACGCCAACGUCGACGGACCUCGGAACACAGUCUUCGCCGUCGACGCCGUGCCCUCCGAGCAUCCCGUGGGGAGUGCCGAGAACUUUUACGGCAAUGGCUUCGGCGCCAAGCGUACCAAACUCGACACUACCGGCAACGCGGCGACCGACUACAACGGUGCGACCAGCCGGACCUGGGACAUGGUCAACCCCAGCAAGAUCCACCCUUAUAGCGGAAAGCCCGCCAGCUACAAGCUCGUCAGCCGCGAAGUGCCGGGUCUGUUGCCCAAAGAGGGGUCUCUCGUGUGGAAACGAGCUGGCUUUGCGCGCCACGCAGUUUAUGUCACAAAGUACCGCGACGAUCAGCUCUGGCCCGCAGGCCGCCAUGUCCCCCAAACAUCGGGCGAACCGUCCCAGGGCAUCCCCGAGUGGAUCGGCGACGGAUCCGAGUCGGUGGAAGACGAGGACAUCGUCCUCUGGCACACCUUUGGCGUAACGCACAUCCCCGCCCCGGAAGAUUUCCCCGUCAUGCCCGCCGAACCCAUCACCCUGCUCUUGCGCCCGCGCAACUUCUUCCUCAGUAACCCGGUGCUCGACGUCCCGCCCAGCUACGCUUGCACCCCCAGCCAGGUUGCGGCCGCAGGUGCGGGAGCACUUGAUGCCACGGAUCGGAUGAGUCGGCUUGCCUUUGAGACGAAUGGCGCCGCCGCUUGUUGUGGUAGUAAUGGGGCGGCGAAUGGGCAUGCUUCCAAUGGGACGAAUUGGUCUUGA